AUGUCACCGCAACUGGAAGCGAUAUUUUCUUCUGAAUUUGCUAUUAAUCCAUGGGAGAAUUUCGACGUCGAUUGGACAAAACCACCAAGAUUUGAUGUUUAUCCGGACGAAGACAUUUCUGGUUCUGUUGAAGCCACUGUUGUUGAUUUACUCAGUGGAGAAGAUGAUUCUGCAACUGUUGAGAAUCUACGGCAUCACCGCAUGCCUAUGAUAGUGCAGGAUGGACGACUAGUAUCAACAUCAAGCAUAGUGUCUUCCCACUUUUCUGCAUUUUGUCCAUUUCAAGUGACUUCUAUGGAAUUUAAGUUUCCGUCCGUACUUGGGGACUUCACACUACUCGAACAAUGCAGCUUCAUCAUUGUUGCUGCUAGGAACGACUAA